GAGCCUGAAACAAAAGCCGGAGUUGGCUGCGGCGCAGAGCCUGCCCGGCUUGGCCAAGGCGGUGCCUGGCGCGGCGCGGCGCCCUUCGCGGAGAGCCUCCGGCCGGCCGGGGGAAAGUUUGCUGGGGCUGCGCUCCGCCCGGGCUCGGCGCCUUGUUUUUGCCCCGCCGGCCAGCGAGCCAGCCGGCGGCCGCAACAAAAGCGCCGCGCAGCGCAGCGCCGCGCCGCGCCGGCAGCGGGCUGGGAACGCCGGCGCGCCCGGGCGGAGAGGAGCGCACGCCUCGCCUGCGGAGCCGCCUCGCGCGACUUCGUCGCCGGCAGGUUCCGAAGCGGGGCCGGCGGAGGCGUCGCCGGAGGAGCCUCUCGGUUGCCGACACGAGCCCGGCGGAGGCAGCGCGCCAGCGCGGGCGAGGAGCCGAACAAAGCCGCCGGCGCCGCUUCCCGACGAAGCGCCAGGAGGCGAAGCCGCCCGCGCCGAGCCGUGGCGAUGGAUGACCAGCCCCGGCUGAUGCAUUCUCACGCCGGGGUGGGCAUGGCCGGGCACCCCGGGCUGUCCCAGCACAUGCAGGACGGCGCCGGCGGCGCGGAGGGCGAGGGGGGCCGCAAGCAGGACAUCGGGGACAUUUUGCAGCAGAUCAUGACCAUCACGGACCAGAGUUUGGACGAGGCGCAGGCCAGGAAACACGCUUUAAACUGCCACAGAAUGAAGCCAGCACUUUUUAACGUCUUGUGUGAAAUCAAAGAGAAAACAGUGUUGAGUAUUCGAGGGGCACAAGAGGAAGAACCGACAGACCCUCAGCUGAUGCGCCUCGACAACAUGCUCUUAGCAGAAGGGGUAGCAGGACCUGAGAAAGGAGGGGGCUCAGCGGCGGCGGCAGCAGCUGCAGCAGCAUCUGGAGGAGCCGGCUCAGACAAUUCUGUGGAACAUUCUGACUACAGAGCAAAACUUUCUCAAAUUCGACAGAUUUACCACACUGAGCUGGAGAAGUAUGAACAGGCAUGCAACGAGUUCACUACCCACGUAAUGAACCUACUGCGGGAGCAAAGCAGAACCCGACCCAUCUCGCCCAAGGAGAUAGAGCGGAUGGUCAGCAUCAUCCAUCGCAAGUUCAGCUCCAUCCAGAUGCAGCUCAAACAGAGCACGUGUGAAGCGGUCAUGAUCCUGCGCUCCCGAUUUCUCGACGCACGACGGAAGAGACGAAAUUUCAACAAGCAAGCUACAGAAAUCCUCAAUGAGUAUUUCUAUUCCCACCUCAGCAACCCUUACCCCAGUGAGGAAGCCAAAGAGGAACUAGCCAAGAAAUGUGGCAUCACAGUCUCACAGGUAUCAAACUGGUUUGGAAAUAAGCGAAUCCGGUACAAGAAGAACAUAGGUAAAUUUCAAGAGGAAGCCAAUAUUUAUGCUGCCAAAACGGCUGUCACUGCUACAAAUGUGUCAGCUCAUGGAAGCCAAGCUAACUCACCCUCAACUCCCAAUUCAGCUGGUUCUUCCAGUUCUUUUAACAUGUCAAACUCUGGAGAUUUGUUCAUGAGCGUGCAGUCACUCAAUGGGGAUUCUUACCAAGGGGCCCAGGUUGGAGCCAACGUGCAGUCACAGGUGGAUACCCUUCGCCAUGUUAUCAGCCAGACAGGAGGAUACAGUGAUGGGCUCGCAGCGAGUCAGAUGUAUAGUCCGCAGGGCAUCAGUGCUAAUGGAGGUUGGCAAGAUGCUACGACUCCUUCGUCAGUGACCUCCCCCACAGAAGGCCCUGGCAGUGUCCACUCUGAUACCUCCAACUGAUCUCCCAGCAAUGCAGCAUUCCUUUCUCCCCGCUGCCCUGCAACCAGGCAGAGGUGGGGGCUGAGAGGGAAGGGGUUUUCUCUCCUACUGUUGAAGCCAUCGGGUUGGAUCCAGAACCAGUUGGCGAACACAAGAGUCUCCUCUUCUCUCUGUUGGGAUGCUUUUUUUCAGCCAAUCUGGACUCUUCUUUAUACUCUCUUCCCUUUCUUUUCUGGGUAGAAGCCACCUUUCACCACCGCCACCAAAACACAACAAAAACUCUUCUCAAAGUAGUGGUUCAUUUUCAUGAUUUUUGUGUUUCUUCUGAAGAUCCGAUCUUUACAUCUCUUCAAUCUACCAGGCACCCGCCUCCUUCUGUUUCUCUGGUGUUCUCACUACCUCUUUGCAGGAGCCACCUAAGCCCCCCCCCCCCACCCUACCCCAGCCUACAAGCACCACUCCUCCGUUCCAUAUAAGGACAACUCUCUGUUCCUCUGAAAUCUUGAACCCUUCUGAGUUGCCUCUGUUACAGGAUGGAUAAAUGCAAUCCUGGUUCUGCCAGGCAUGUCCAGGACAUGCCCGCCCCCUUUCCCCUGUUGCCAGGAGGACCAGGAGAAUGUUAGCAGAUCUAUUCGUUGCCGUCCUUCUGUGCCUUGCAUCAAACUCCCAGUCAUGCCUUCUUCCACUUAGCCCUCCUCCCCUGCCGCUCAUGGUAUCAUAAUUAGGCCUGGGAAUACUUUUGCUCCAAGGAAGUGCGCGUUUGGUGCUUAGAUAAAAUAAUAAGAAUGCAGUGUGUUUGGGUAGUAUGCUUCCUGUGCCUAAUUUAUUAUUGUUCCUAUAUCCAUGUCUUAAAAGUUUGGGAAAGCUUCGGGUAUCAUUUUGAAAUGUUAUUGAGGUUGUAGCAUAAAAAGUCAGCCAGAUUAGAGGGAAAGGUAAACUUCACAAGGGGCCGAGGAAUGGAGAGUGGGCAAGGCUACGUUACGGUCAGACUUGCAAAACUCCUGUAGGCACUGCUGACAUGUUUCCAGGUGGCUGUGCCUAAUCAUCAGGUUGAGAAAACUUUUUUAAAAUAUGAAAGUGAAGAUCUCAGGCUGCAGUGUCCUAGACAAGGUAUCUGUCUCUGGUCUGGAGACAUGGAAAAAUACAGCACUGAUUACAGUUCUGCUUUGUUGCGUUGGUAAGGAGGAAAAAAACCAAUGCGACAAACGUUGCAUUGUCUGACACGUGCAUUGCAUUUUACGGGCAGCAGAUCAAAAGCGCUGGGAACAAGAAAGAGGAGGAAGAUUACCAGAGUGAGGAAUCAUUCAGAGCCCUGGAGAAGCCCCCUUCAUGACUUAAGUGACCUCACCUUGCUUUCCUGCUGCUCUUUUCAGUAUGUGUGCAAAGAGAACCAAAGAAGCAUAGCAUCGUUGCUCUCUUCACAGCAGGUCUUCCCAAAAGGGAGCCCCCCCAAAAAUGACCAUUUAUUAAAGUCCUGCAACCUUGCGGUGGGAGGAAGGCUUCACAACCCACCUGAGGGUCGCAGACCAUGGGCUGGAGAUUUCCAAUCUAGCCCAUAUCUUCUGGGUCUCCUGGACGCACCUGUGUGACUCCAGAGCACUGCAGUGUCUUUGCAUGAGGUCGUUGAUACCUCUAGGGAUGCGUGAAUGCCUGAGUGCUCUCAUUUACUUGCUUAAUGUAAUUAAAUGUAAUGAGUGCAAUUGCAGUUGAUUGCAUUACUUGUGUGAUCUUUUCUUUAUCACACUUGCCACUGUAUCCUAAACUAUAAUGUAUGAUUAAGAGGCACAAUCCACUGGAAACAUAUCUUACUCGAUCCCCAUUCAAAUGUGUGGUCACGCAGUACUGUUCAGCAUGCUGGCUUUAUUUUAAAGGAUCUUCAUUGUACAAUGUCAAUCAAUGGCUUGGCAGUAGAGACAAUGGCCGUUUUCACACUACUAACCUGCUUCUAUAACGUUGCGAAACGUCGCACAAUGCGAAAUGUUUUUGCGCGACGUUUCGCAACGUUAUGGAAGCAGGUUAGUAGUGUGAAAACGGUCCACAUUUUUAAAAAUAGAGAGAGAGAGAAAAAGAGAUGGAACUGCAUUUAUCUGCCUGUAACAAUAUACCUUCCUCCUCCUGGGCUGUCCUGGUACGAUACUCAUUCAUGGUACAUACACUGGGGAAUGGUUCUUCUUGUAUCCAGAUUUCCUAUUUUUUAUUAUAACAAUGAUGAGUAUUGGUUAUUUUUGAUGCUUCUGAGUUGCGUUUUCUCAUACCCCUUUUUUUUCCUGCCCAGAAAAAUCCGACUUCGAUACCAAAAACGAAAAAAAAAAAAAUAAAAACUGCAGAAACGAAAAAAAACUUAAAAAAAUAAUUGAAAAUUAAAAACUUCAAUUCUUUCAGCUUUAUUAACAUUUUCCAUUGUUUCUUGCAAUUUGUGUCUUGUUCUUUGUAGUAUUGAUGAUAAUGAACAUUUGAUAAUGAAUGUUCUUGUAUAUUCAGAUAAAGGAAAAAAAACCAAAAAAGCAGUCUGAAUUUAAUAGUGUUUAUAAGAAAAAAAAAUUAAGACGUUACCCUCAUAGCACGCAUCAAAGGACAGGCCAUCCCAACCCUGUCCUUUCUGUGGCAAAAAGGCUCUUCAUACCUGUAUAGUUUUUAACACCAGACUACCUACAUUCACCCUUCUUUCGUUUCCAUUUUUUUUUAUUUUCAUGCAUUUGUGAAUUAGUUUAAGAAUGCUAGAAAAGUGUAGAGUUGUGCACACUCAUUUCCUGUUACACAAUGUUUAAAAAAAAAAGUGACAGUAAUUCAUUUUUGUAAAACUUUUUAAAAAAUGGUUGGGAUAGUGAGCAUAAUAGGGAUACCUAAUAAUUUAUGUUUACUAACUUUGAGAGCCAGAAAUUAUGUUUUUUUAAAAAAUGUUUUGCAUUCUUUGAAGGGGGGCUUUUAUUUUAGGGCCCGGUUUGCUGAGACGUUUGCCACCACGAGCCUCACUAAACUGAAUGGGAGCUGUUCUGUUCAUUUUAAUGCAGCUUGGCCCGCAGGAGUACUUGGUGGACUGGGCCUGUAAUAUAUUUUUAUUGUCAGACUAUGGCCUUGAAAAAAGUCCCUUCCUUGCCUUCCCGCUUCCUCAUCCUUUUCAGUUUGUUCAAAGUGAUGUGAAAAAAGGAAAAGAAAAACAAGUUUAGAAGGGUUUUUAAAAAAAAAAAACACGGUAUUUGCAUGAUUUGGUUGGUUAAUAAAAUUCAUGUGAUUCCCUUAUCAACAGAAUGCUUGAGCAGAAGGCUAAAAACCAGAAUAACAAAGUGAACAAAGAGUGAAAAACUCUAAACAGAACCACAAAACUCUAAGCAGGACUACUGAGCCUCAGUCCUCAGGGUCAUGUAAGGAGACAGGGGCCGUUUCCACACGGCUUACCUUGUUUCGGGAAACAGCGGAAUCUCGCACGAGAUGUUAUCGCGCGAGAUGACAUGAUAACAGCAUCUUCUCGUGAGAUUUCGCUGUUUUCCGGAACAAGGUAAACUGUAUGGAAAUGGCCAGGGUUUAAUCCUUCAAAGGGUACUCAUUGAAACAGUGUUCCUUUUGGUUGUUGUGGGUUUUCCAGGCUGUAUUGCCGUGGUCUUGGCAUUGUAGUUCCUGACGUUUCACCAGCAGCUGUGGCAGUGACACUGUGACACUGAGAGAUCUCUGUCUUUUGGUGCUACACCUCUGAAGAUGCCAGCCACAGCUGCUGGUGAAACGUCAGGAACUACAAUGCCAAGACCACGGCAAU